UUAUAUUACAAAUUCUUUUUAGGGCAUGAGAGGGACUGUGUGUUGAAGGGCAUGCUGUGGUGCCAACAAAUGCAGAAUGGACCAACCCCGCGGUGCUCCAAGCAGAUGACCCAGAUGAGUCGGAGAAUGUCCCAGAACAAGCUCACGAAGGUCAAGCAGCGCCUCAAGGAAAAUGACUUGACAGUCAGGAAGAAACAGAGUGGCGGCCGCAGCAACUACAGCAUAGCCCUGACCACCGCCGAGGAGGACGCCAUUGUCCGAUUCCUGUGCGGCUAUACCGGGGACAAUGCCCUUGUUCUUUCCGGCAGGCCGCUGUCCUUCUCAACGGAUGAUGUGAUGCUCCUUCCUUCUUCCCACACAGAGAACUUUGUUUUUGAGCAGUAUUGCUCAGCCGAAAGGUCUGCUGGUAUUUACAACUGUUGUGGAAAAUGAUUUCAUUUUCUCAAUAUUGUGUCGCUGUAGACUGAUCGUACAUAUUCCUAGUGCCUUGUUUGAUUUUGAGUUUUGCAUUUAAGUUACCUUAUCUUUUCAUUGUGAACACAGCACAAUUUUACAUGAAUAAGCAGUCUCAUUUAAAACCUAGUUUCUGGAACCGCAGCCUUUUCCAGACUGCAAACCUUAAAUCAACGACUUAAUCACCUUCAUUCCCUGUAUAAGGUUAAAGUACUGUCCUACUACAGACUGGUUAGGGAACCGGUGGAGCUUUUAUUUUUAUUCACGGAAUUUUUAAAAUUACACAUC